UUGGUAAAUUAUGCGAUCAGAAUAUAAUCAAUUCUUUGCCUUCAGAUUUUGUUCCCCCGCAGGGAUGAUGCAGAAAAGGCACAGGCGUAUACUGAAUUGACUUGGCAAGAUGCUGAUACAUGUUCAUCCGGAUAUAAACAGAAGGGUAUUCUAGUAUAUCCAUGAACUUAUUAUUUUCUAAUAUUUAAGCCCUCCUUCACCUCUUCAAGCUCCAUUCGCUCGCCACUAUAAACUUUCCAGCUUCUCAAAAUCAUUUCUUUCUUUCUCCUCAACCCAUCCCUCUCCAUCGUCGAAAAGAGAAAGAAGAAAGAGUGAGUGAGUUUCUUCGAAAUUAUUUCUACGAUAAUAAUAGUUUUCUUUCAGUGUCUUAUUGGUAUUUUUUUAAAAAAAAAAUAUGGCGACGGCCAUCAACAAGGUGGUGAAGAUACGGCAGAUCGUGCAGCUGAAGCGGGUGAUGAAGCGGUGGCGGUCCCUCAGCCUCCGCGGCGGCAGCGGAGAGCGGCGCUCCUCUCCCUUGGAGUGGGACUCCGGCUCGAACCGGCCGGUGCGGGCCGGAUUCGUGGCCGUGUACGUGGGCCCGGAGCGGCGGCGGUUCGUGAUCCCGACUCGGUUCCUGAACCUGCCGGUCUUCGCGUCGCUGCUGGACCGGGCGGAGGAGGAGUACGGCUUCCAACCGGCCGGCGGUCUUGCGCUUCCAUGCGACCCGGCUUUUUUCCGGUGGGUCGUCGACGCCCUCGAGCGGGACGAGGACCGGUUCAAGGGUCUCAAUCUCGACGCCUUCCUCCGUCUCUUCGCCGACCGCGCCUCAUCCUCCCCCUGCAAGAAGGACCCCUCGUACAGUAGCUUCGCUCCUCUUUUGUCCAAUACUAACGUUUGAUCGGGGGCUUUUUGUGAUUUAUUUUUGAAGGGUCUUCGGUCCUCGAGGAUUUUUAGUUUUUAACCUUUUUUUUCCUUUAUGUAUGAAGAAAUGAUGAUGCAAUCUGGUAAGACGAGGGGGAAGGCCAUGUGUUUUCCAUGCAUCCGUCCAUAUUCAUGUUUCCAUACAUGAGAUCCCAAUAUUUUCCUUCAAACUUUGAGUUUGGGGGCGUUUUUUGGGUGGAUGAUGAUGAAAAAUAUUAAUGCAAUUGAUUAGGA